UGCGUCACUCAUGCCUCAAAGUGUCCAAAGUGAUGGAACGCGCUCGCGUCGCCGACAGGGGUCGAAUCCAUUGGCGACCCAACAUCAACCACACCGCACCGACCUAGCCACAAAAAGAGUCCUCCAAUGUCUGACAACGUCGGCCUGUCGACGCCCAGGGGCAGCGGCACCUCGGGCUACGUCCAGCGCAAUCUCGCCCACAUCCGGCCCCGCGACGCCGCCGCGCCCUACCCACCGCGGGACCUCGACGGCCUCCGCCACCGCCAGCGCCAGCCCGACAAGGCCAUCCUGGAGCACGACCGCAAGCGCGAGGUCGAGGUCAAGGUGUUUGAGCUACGGGACAAGCUCGAGGAGGAGGAGGUCGACGAGGACGAGAUCGAAAAGCGCUGCGACGAGCUCCGCCAGAAGCUGCUGGCCGAGUCGGACAGGGCCGCCGCCCGCGGCGCCGCGGCGCCGCGCAGGGACCUCAAGAUGCACCAGGUGCACGAGCUGGCCGACGCAAAGAUCAGGGAGAGCGAGCGGCUGCGCCGCGCCCUAAAGAUCAGCAAGGACUACGAGGAGGGCGGCCACUGGAAGCGGCAGGAGGAGAGGCUACAAAAGUCGUCGCUCCAGCAGGGCGACGCCGCCGCCGCCGCCGCCCCGCAGACCAAGGACGAUCGGGCGGACUAAGCUUAGUGUUCGUUCCUCUUGCGGUUUUCUGUUCACCUCUUUUUCUUUUCCUUUUUUUUAUGUCCAUUUUCUUCCUCUGGCAUCCUGCAUCGGUUUUUCUUGCUUGUUUUUUUAUUUAUAUGACCAUCAGAUAUCCCACGCACACAAUCACCACCGUAGCUGAUAUAGCUACCUACUUUACUUGAAUCACGAAGCGACGAGAUGACUUGUAUAUAUCGACGCUGCCUUGCAAAUGACACGACCAACACCGUCCGCUAAAUGCCGUCGAACGAAAUCUGCGCGUGCUUAUC